AUGCCUCUAUGGAAAAUCUUCGUAGAUGGAGCCUCAAAUGAAAAUGGGGUUGGGGCUGUGAUCAUCUUGAUAUCCCCUCAAGGUCAACAGUUGCAAAGCUCCCUACACUUCCAGUUUGAAGCAUCAAAUAACGAGGCUGAGCACAAGGCCAUGCUGGCCGAACUACAUUUAGCCCGGAAGGUAGGAGCAGCAAAUAUAGAAGUCCACAGUGACUCCCAACUGGUGGUCAAGCAGAUUUUAGGGGAAUACCAAACGAAGGGGGAGAAGAUGGCCGCCUACAUGACACGAACCCAAGAUUUACUCCAAUCUUUUAAGAAAUACUUCAUCCUCCAGAUCCCCAGGGAACAGAAUGUGUUUACAGACACAUUGGCAAAAUUUGCCACGAAUGUUGAAGCAGAACUCUCCAGGGUAGUCCUAUUCGACCAUCUACCCAUGCUUAGUAUUCAAGCCCCCACAAUCAUCAACGCCAUCGAUUACUCUACGUCCUGGAUGGGCCCUCUCAUCCAACACCCAACCACUGGGGAAUUUCCCACGGAUAGGGCUGCUGCCAGGAAAAUUUAG